CAAAUAGAAAAUCCAUCAACGCAGAUGAGGAGAAACAAAUUACAAAACGUGAUUUCAUAUUGAAGCUUUCUUCUAGCAAUGUUGUUUACUUCAAUGUUGAAGAACAGGGAGAAUAUCUCAUGCAUGGGAGCUUCUUGAUCAGAUGCAUGAUAGAGGUCAACCUGCCAAUAUUAUCACAUACAAUUCCUUAUUGCAUGCUUUAUGCAAAAAUCAUCAAGUUGACAAGGCAAUUGCAUUGGUCAAGAAAAUUAAAGACCAAGGCAUUCAACCAAAUAAACACAUACAAUAUACUUAUCGAUGGACUAUGCAAAGAAGGAAGACUUGAGAAUGCACAAGUGAUUUUUCAGGAUCUUUUGAUUAAAGGCUAUAAGGUAAAAGUUUGGACAUAUAAUACUAUGAUUAAUGGUCUUUGUUUGGAGGGACUGUUUGAUGAAGCUAUGACCCUACUGGAAAAAAUGGAAGACAAUGGUUGCACUCCUGAUGUUGUAACUUAUGAAACUAUUAUUUACGCUCUUUUUAAAAAUGAUGAGAAUGAUAAGGCAGAGAAACUUCUACGUGAAAUGAUUACUAGAGGUCUGUUGUAAGAGAAAGUAGAGAUAAGAUGAUUUCUUUUUGUUAACAAUUAUGAUUUAGUUAUGUUCAUUUUGUGAUGAGAAUGUUGUAGUUUUAACUAAAAAUCUUGUAUUGUUAUGUUCUUUUUGUUAUUAAAAUGUUACGAAUGGUCGUUUGUUUUGA